AUGACCGAGGCAGAGGGAUCUCAGGCUCAAUCUCAGUCGCAGCGUGUUAACCGGGGAAGAAAUCAUGGUCACCGCAGAGGCCGUGGUGGUAAAAGUCGCCAACCCAUAGAUGGUUUUCGCUCCGGUGGUCCAUCUGCAGCCGCCCCGAGCGAGACUUUUGCAUCACAGGCCGGCACACAAGCGUAUACUCAGCUAUCUUCGCAAGAGCCGGCCAGUCCAAUCCCGUUUGAUUCCAACUCGAACCAGAGAGGGAGGGGUCGAAGGCCUCGCGGUCCGCGACAGGCUGGCCGAGGCGCAGCAAGGAAUGAUGCUCCGGGAUCGUUUGGCCACAGGUCAUUUGGUGGCCAUCUCACCGGUACGACCCCUACAGCUGCUGAAAAUGCGGCUCAUGCUACCCCAGCGCUGAGUGCGGACGCGCCAGAGUUCAUCCCCGGCGAGGCUGUAGUAACUCGGAGACCUGCCAAGACAAAGCACAGGGUUCCCAUAAAGCCACCAGUGAGGCUUCCAAAAUCUACGGCAGAGGACCUGGGAACUAGGAUUCAUGAAGACAUCAGCAACUUGAACUACGAAUGUGCGAUUUGUACGGAUGAUGUUGUGCGGAAUUCUCACGUUUGGUCAUGUUCCCUCUGCUGGACUGUUGUUCAUUUGAAGUGCGUCAAUAAGUGGCACGAUAACCAGAGAAAACAGCAAGAUCCACAGUCUUCCGAGCCUGAGCAGGACCUCACCUGGAGAUGCCCAGGAUGCAACUCGAAGUUAUCUGACGACCCUGGGUCUUAUCACUGCUGGUGCGGAAAGGACAUAAACCCUCGCCCAGCACCUUCAUCUCUCCCUCCACACUCUUGCGGUCAGACGUGCUCGAAACCGCGCCCGACAUGUCCACACCCUUGCCCCCUUCAAUGCCAUGCCGGCCCCUGUCCGCCCUGUGGCUUAAUGGGACCGACUCAAUCCUGCUUCUGUGGAAAGAAGGAAACUCGUAAGUUGUGCAGAGAGACCGACUACGAGAACGGAUGGAGCUGUCAGGAAAUUUGCGGAGAUUUGCUUCCUUGCGGGGAGCACUCUUGUUCGAAGCCGUGUCAUUCCGGCCUCUGUGGAGACUGUGACAUGACUGUUGAUGCAAAGUGCUAUUGCGGCCGAGUUGAGAAGCAGAUGCCGUGCUGCGAACGAGAAGAGCCACAGAUGUCAUACAACGUUGCGAACCAGAGUUGGUUCGAUGGAACCUUCACUUGCGCCCAGCUCUGCGAGCGCAGUUUCGACUGUGGUGUCCACAAAUGUUCCGAGGCGUGCCACCCGCAGGAAGAGCAGCCAGCACACUGCCCAUACUCGCCAGCAUCUGUCGCCCGAUGUCCUUGUGGGAAAACACCCCUCGACGAGCUGCUCGAAAAUGCUCGGACAUCGUGUGAAGAUCCCAUUCCACACUGCGAGAAGCCUUGCCACAAGAAACUACCGUGUGGGCACUUGUGCGUUUCCAAAUGCCACACCGGAGAUUGUGGGUUCUGCAACGAGACCAUGGAGGUGGCUUGCAGAUGUGGCCGGACAAGCACCCGGAGCGUCUGCCAUCAGGGCAACGUCCAAAACCCCAUGUGUAUGAGGACUUGCCAAGCAACCUUGAGCUGCGGUCGUCACAGGUGUGGAGAGCACUGCUGCGCAGGCGAGAAAAAGGCCGCCGAGAGGCAAGCAGCUCGAAGAAAGCACAAGCUUCCCGGUGCAGCAACGUCCAUCGAAGCCGAGCACAUUUGCAUCAAGACAUGCGGAAGGCGGUUGAAGUGCGGCAGCCACGAAUGCCAGCAAAUUUGCCAUCGCGGUCCAUGUGCCAGCUGCCCAGAAGCCAUCUUCACCGAAAUCAGUUGCGACUGCGGCCGAACCGUCCUUCACCCUCCACAGCCAUGCGGUACUCGGCCUCCAGAUUGCCGCUUCGACUGUCUACGACGGCCCAGCUGCGGACAUCCGUCUGUCCAACAUAACUGCCACGCCGGAGACGUAUCCUGCCCCAAGUGUCCCUUCCUUGUCGAAAAGUGGUGCGCCUGUGGCAAGGAAAAGCUUCAUAGCCAGCCGUGCCACCUCCAGGAGGCACAUUGCGGAAGGGUCUGCGGGACGAAGCUGAAAUGCAGACUGCACAGCUGCAAAAAGCUAUGCCAUCGACCGGGGGAGUGUGAGGAUGCCAAUCUCCCAGGCAAGCAUUGUGAGCAGACUUGCGGCAAGAUCAAGUUGUUCUGUGAACAUCCAUGCCAAAACGCAUGCCACGGACAAACUCCCUGCAACGAAUCGUCUGCCUGCACCGCCAAAGCCGUCAUCUCCUGCCCUUGCGGCAUCCGUACCCAAGAAGUCAAAUGUCUCGCCAGCAGCUCUAAUCCCACACCGAGUCGCAUCGAAAUCAAAUGUGACGACGAAUGCCUGCGUCUCGAACGCAAUCGCCGCCUCGCCGCGGCCCUCAACAUUGACCCUGCCUCGCAUCAAAGUGAGCACAUCCCCUACUCGGAAACCACGCUGCGUCUCUUCAAAGCGAACACAUCGUGGGCCGAGACGCAAGAACGCGAGUUCCGCGUCUUUGCCCAGAGCCCCAGCGAGACGCGCCUCCGGUACAAGCCCAUGAGCGCCACGUACCGCCAGUUCCUGCACGUCCUAGCCGAAGACUACGGGCUCGAAAGCCGCAGCGAAGACGUCGAGCCCUACCGCUGUGUCGUCGUCUUCAAGGGCUCACGCUUCGUCUCCGCCCCCGGCAAGACGCUCUCCCAGUGCGCCGAGAUCCGAGCCGCACAGGCCGUGGCGGCAGCCAGCGCCGCCGCGUCGCGCGCUCCCUCUCCGCCACCGAGAGCGCAGGACCCCCUGAACGGAUUCCUCCUCACAAGUCCCCGGUUCGGCCUCACCAUCGGCGACGUCAGGUCCGCCCUCGACGCCGACCUGUCAUCCCAGCCGUCCGUCCACUUUGAAACCACGUUCCUCCCCUCGGACGAGGUGCUCCUCCGCGCAACGACACCCUACUCGUCCUUCUUGUCGGCCCCGGCUCUCGAACAAGCCCUCGUCACCCUGAAGCCCCGUCUCGCCAAGACGGUUCAGGACACAGCCGUGGCAGGUAAGCUGUUCCUGUGCCACGUCGACGCCGCCGGCCAAGUCGCGAGACGAGACGACGCAAGCAAGACAGAUGCCUCGGGGUGGAGUGCCGUCGCCGGAAGGGCCGCCGCGAGGCCCAACACCGCCGCCGCCGAAGAAGCCAGCACAACGACGGGGCGGCGCCUGUUGGGCCUCAGGAAGAAGAAGAUUGAAAAGGAGCGGCCAUGGACACAAGCGCUCGACGGGGACGUCGAGUGCUGA